AUGUUGCGGAGAGGCUUUUAUACUAUAUUGUUUAUGCUGACAAAUAUUAUACAAUUAAACCGUACGGGGAGGGAUUCUAGUGUUUUUCCACACUAUGGUAAUUUUUCUGUCUUUGAUACAAAGUUAAAAAGACUUUCUUUUAUCGGUAAUUUUACUUUUGAUGUACAUGAUCGUUCGGGUGUGUACUAUUUUAUUGGUAGUCCUACAGCUGUGAAUAGAAACUUAAUCGCUUAUAAUUAUAAAACAAAAACAUAUCAUCAAAGUCGUUGGGUGUAUAAUGAAGGUAAUUUUGGUUUUCUUUUUUACGAUCCUUUAAGAAAACGACUUUUUGGUUUAAGAACUAAUACUGCAUUUACAUAUUAUAUUGAAGAAUAUAAUAUAGAAACAUUAGAUACUGUUAAACUAUAUACACAACAAGAUGUUGGAAAAUAUGCUUUUAUUAAUGGAAGAUGUACUUCAUUUGAUUAUAAUCAAAAUUGGAUUAUACAAGUACGAACUCGUUUUGAUAAUUCAUCUUCUAAUUCUUAUUGGAUUAAAAUGGAUUUAAAUUUAGUUGGUAAAAAAGAAGAUAUUGUCACUGCUUUUCAUCUUAUGCCACAUGCAUAUUAUUUUCUUACGAUGACAUAUGAUAUUCAAAAGACAAAAUUGAUUCUUUGUACAUGGCAGAAUGGUUCAAGCCUGUUCGAUAUAUACAUGUUUCAUUUAGAUCCAAAGCAAAAUGGAAAGUUUCCUUAUAGAAAACAAAGUCUAAAAUUAUUAUUGAAAACUAACGGAGAACAGGUUGAAAUGGUUAGAGAUGUAUGGAAUCCAGUCAAGAGGGAAGUACUUUAUUUGAUUCAAACUAAUACCGGUGGAUCACUCAAAAUAACAAGAUAUAUGUUGAGAGUUCAAUUCGAUACACGAUAA